AAUAUUUCCCUCUCUCUCUCUUCCCAGCUUCGUGCAGAGUUGAACCCAAUUCACACAAUUAUCUCAUCCCUCCCAAACCCCCAAAAACCACAAACCUCAGAUCCCUAUUCUCUCAGGCUUCACUGAAAGAAGUGGGGUAAUUUAAUUAAUGGAAAAUCCCAUUCCAAGAAUCUCACCCCACCAUUUCCCACUCAUGUUCAUGACCUAAAGCCUCAAUCAUUCUCUUUGUCAACUCGUCGAAAAUUCAAUCUUUUUCUCUGAGGUCACUCCCUCUAUCUCAAUCUUUCUUAGCUUACUGUUUCUUUGCCGCAUAAAGUUUGAAUCUUGCAGCUUUUCUCUCAGCGAGGAUGUGGAGCCCUUCAUCUAUUCGGUAUUGUUUGUGGGCGGAGAGUGUUGAUUUAUACGUCUUUCGUGUUUAUUAUUGAAAAGAUUUUAUGCUUUGGUUUUAACUUCAGCUGCCCUCUUGUUUCUUUUUGCCCCUUUCCGGAGUUGAAUUUGUGGGUUUUUGAUUUGGUUGACUCACCUGAAAAAGUUAGGGUUUUUUCCUCUUAUCUGUUGACCAGAAUCAAUUCUGGGUUUUGAUUUCCUUUGACAAUUGAAUUUGGUUUUAAUUCUUUAGCAAUUAGAGUUUCUCUUGGCGUUCUUUCAGUUUUGUUUCAAUAACGAGUUGAAAGAUUGGGUUAAUAUAACAGUAGCAAAUUGUGUUUCUUGUGAGCGCAACUAGGGUUGCAGACCAAUUUUAUUUAGUAGAGGUGCAAGUUGGGAUUUGUCAAGUAUUUGGUAUAUGAAGAUUGGGGUUUAUCUGUAAGGAAAGUUUGGGACAGGUGAAGUUUCAAUGGCGGAAGAGAACACUAGUACAAUGAACCUUGAUCUCAAUUUAGGACCUGUGGAUAAUUCAAGUGCUGAUAGUGAGCCUGCAUCAGGAUCUUAUCCUAAUGUUGCUAUGAACUUGGAGGAUUGGUUAGAUAGUCCAGUUCAUAGGGUUCGGGAAGUAGUCAGGCACAGGAAUCAAAGGUGGCGUUCUCUGUGGAGGCAGCUUCCAAUUCCCCCAGAAACUCGGAACCUUGCACUGGAAUUAAUUGGUGGGAACGACCCACAGACUGGUGAGGGCAGUGUUGCGUCUGAGGAAAGACCAAACGAGGCGGCUAAAAUCUGUGAGAACGGCACUGGUCAUGUGGAAGACGAAACCCUGGGUAAGAAGAAAGAUGGUGGAAAAAAUAACGGUGAUGAAGGGAGUUUCUUUGAUUGCAAUAUAUGCUUAGAUUUGGCCAAGGAUCCAGUCGUCACUUGCUGCGGUCACUUAUUCUGCUGGCCCUGUCUUUAUAAGUGGUUACAUCAUCAUUCGGAUGCCAAGGAAUGUCCUGUUUGCAAGGGUGAGGUAACGACAAAAAAUGUCACCCCAAUUUAUGGUCGUGGUAAUAAUACAAGGGAUCCAGAUUUGGAUUCUAGCCUAAAGAUCCCUCUUAGGCCCCAAGCGCGUCGGAUUGAGAGCUGGAGGCAAACUAUUCAGAGGACUGCAUUCACUAUUCCGAUGGAGGAAAUGAUUAGGCGCCUUGGAAGUACAUUUGAUUUGAGUCGGGAGUUGGCCCAAAUACAAUCUCGAAAUUCCGAUGGCCCUCGGGAAUCACCAGAGAGAAACACCCCACUGCUCAACCGAAUUCUGACUUCUAGAGGGAUGCGUAGGGAACGGACUCCUGUUGUACCGUCCGAUGAUGUGAUCGACUUAACAGAGAGCAGCCCUCCAAACUACGAGGCCAGAGAUACCCGCCGGCUUUCAUCACUGUUGCUUCGCAGAUCGAAUUCUCAUCGGGCGGCCACAUUGUCUAACCUAACUUCUGCAAUAAACUCUGCUGAGAGUCUAGCCGCCGAGAGGUUGGUGGAAUCGUACUUCCACAGCAAUCCGGUAGAAAGAAAUCAGGAACUGCCUCCACCGGUUGAUGACAGGGACUCUGUGUCCAGCAUCGCCGCUGUUAUACAUUCAGAGAGCCAGACAGUGGAUAACGCUGUUGAAAUCGACUCCACAGUUUCCCUUUCUACUUCAUCUUCCAGAAGAAGAAACGACGCGUCAAGAAUUUCAGACGUCGACAGCGGAGACUCGCGUGCUCCUAGGAGGAGGAGACUAAACUGAUAAUCAAGAGUUCACAACACCAAAAAACAUCGAUACCCGUAGGAGUCGAGCACAGUUAAGUACUCAUUCAGUUGCAUUCUUCCAGCAAGAGUGGAACUUUUUCCUACAGUUAGUAGUAUCUAAGAACAUGUUUCAAGUUUUGUUCACUAGAGUUUGUAGUUUAAGAUAUUGUUUUUCCGUUCCUUGUAAUUGAAUGUGGUUGAAUCUUAAUGUGGGAUAUCAAAUUUGUAAUGAAGCAACCGAGAUUGGUUUA